GUAUUUGAUACUAUGUUCUUGGUUUAUAUUAAAAUACCAAAUAUUUAUAUAACACUAAAUCCAUAGUAUUUCUGUAGAUGGAGAGAGAAGGAGAGACCUUGCUUAGAAGGUUGUUAACUUGCAAAUUUUACUUCUUAUUAAAAAAAAUGUAUUAAGAGAGAAUAAGCAUAUGACACAUGAUGAAAUGUUUGUUUUCAAAAGUUAAAAACUCAUGAUGAAUACUAUAUUUGGUCAAUACUAAUAGGAGUCCCAUGUUUUGUACAAGAAAAACCAAGCAAUAAAAUAGAAACAAAAACAUACGAAGAAGUGUUUUUCAAUGCAACCAAAGACAACCCUAUCAAAGCCUUGGCAUGAGAGUCAAGUCAUUAUAGCUUAGAAGUACACAAAUCAAACCCCUUUUACUCAACACUAUUAUGCAGAUAGGUAUAAGUACUUGCUAUAAUUUCCAUCAAUAAACACAACUGAGUCCCAUAACAUCAUUUCUUUGCAACAAAAACUUCUCUAAGCUUUUGUUCAUAUCAAUAUGGCUUCUUCUGGUAACAAUGACCUCAAGUUCCCUGUUUUUCCUCUUCCACCACCCACCAACUAUCCUCCAUUACCAUUCCCUCCAAAUGUUGCUCCGCCCCACGCUCCCGUUAAACCUCAGCCUUCACCAUUCCCAACUCCGAUUACACCACAACCUCGUCCCCCAAUCACACCACCGUCACCAACUGUGAAGCCACCACCCCGUCCCCCAAAAACACCACCAUCACCAUCAGUCAAACCACCACCUCGUCCACCAAUCACACCACCAUCACCAUCAGUCAAACCACCACCUCGUCCACCAACCACACCACCACCUCGUCCUCCAAAAACACCUCCAUCACCAUCAGUCAAACCACCACCCCGUCCACCAAUCACACCACCAUCACCAUCGGUUAAACCACCACCUCGUCCCCCCAAAACACCACCAUCACCAUCUGUCAAACCACCACCUCGCCCCCGUCCUCUUCCUCCACCAUCACCACAUCCCCGUCCUUCAAUCCCACCACCUCGUCCUCUUUAUCCUCCUCCACCGCCUCACAUUGUUCCACCUCCGCCACCAGCACCAGGACACCAUUCAACUGUUAUAAUUGUUGUCUUUGUUUCACUUGGCGGUCUAUUCUUCCUCGCUUUCCUCUCAGUUGCUCUGUGCUGCUUCAUCAAGAAGAAGAAGAAAAGAAUGGCUGAUAAAACAGAGAUUGUAAAAUUUGAUGAACACAUGAAAGUCCAAGAAGCUAUCAUACCUGGUCCACAUGGUGAACAAAUGAAGAUACUAACCAUUGAAGAAGAUAUCCAUAUAGACGAAGAAAUCCAGAAAACUGAAAAGGUAAUGGAAGGAUCACAAGUUAAAUCUCCACAUGAUCAUCCUAAGGAAAUUGAAGUAGGAGAAUCCUCUGGGACUACUCAUCAUACUUGAAGAAAAAUGCCUAAUUGAAAGUUGAGAUUGCAAUUACUACACUCAACAUUUUUCAAAUAUUGUUCUUUGAUUAAUGUAUAUGUAUCAACAAUUAUUUUGAAAAUAAAACAUAUAUGAAUGUAAAAAAGAUUAUUAA